AUGAGCGAGAAGACACGUAAUCUUAUGCUAAAAAACUCGACACCGAGCAGCAGUCAGCACCACAUUUCGAACAGUGUUCCGCUCAACGUCUUCCGAGGAACCAGCCUCAUUACACAACUGGAACAACAAAAGUACCCGACUUCUUUCACCGCAGUUGCUUCCGACUUCGACAACAUAAUUGUACCUUCUUGCCCAAACAUUUCGAUUCCAACUCAAACGGCUGAUUCAACCACCGACAGCUGA